UUUCAUUCUGGCCCAUUCCUGAGACAAUAUGGCGGAGAUACCAAUGAAAAGAAUUUUGGUGCACCUGCAAAAGGCCGGUGAAACUUCUCCAACCGUAGCAAAGUUCACCCAGACUGUAUCAACUGCAACAAAUUGGAUGCUGACAGGCUGCUGCAUGGCUGACUAGAUGAAAACGGCCAGGUUGUGUUGUAUCUGAGAGGUCUUGAGGACUACGUGAGGAUUCGGUGAAUGAGGAUGUCAUCCCAACCAGGAGAAAUCAAGUGGACACCGUCAGCAAUGUCCAUGCCUUCAAUACACCCAGUCAAUGCUCCGACUGCUAAGUACAACAAGAUAUCUGAGCAGCUACGCCAUGUCACACCUGGCCACAUUCAGUGCUCAAUGUUCUGUGGAGGAAAGGGGUGCAAAUACGAAAACCCCACAAAGUGGCCUGCAAAAGAUCAAGCCGUGAAAGGGCUGUACUCUUCAUGGGUCACCGAUGACAUCCUGGCCAUGGCAAGGCCCUCGACGGAGAUCAUUACGAAAUACAACAUCAUCGAACAGUUCAAGGAGCAAGGUAUCAAAUCUGUGGUGAACCUACAGAGGCCGUUUGAACAUGCCAGCUGUGGCAAUGCACUGGAGCCAGAAAGUGGCUUUACCUAUCUCCCUCAGGACUUCAUGGAGAAUGACAUCUACUUCUACAACUUUGGCUGGAAAGACUAUGGUGUAGCAUCACUAGGCACCAUCCUCGAUAUGGUCAAGGUCAUGUCUUUUGCAAUGGAGGAGGGCAAGGUGGCCAUUCAUUGUCAUGCAGGGCUGGGGCGGACAGGCGUUCUCAUUGGCUGCUACUUGGUCUGGGCAAAACGACUCAACCCCCAUCAGGCUAUCCACUUUGUGAGGGAGAGGAGGUCCAAUGCCAUCCAAACCAGGGGGCAGAUCCAGUGUAUACAGGAGUUCUCCCAGUAUAUCCGCCCUCUCAGAGUCAUCUUUCCGUCCAAAGACCCAACCUCAUCUCCCUUCACCUUCAACCAGUAUCUCAGCAGGCAGAAACGUUACCUGCACGGGUUUGAAGGUCGGGAGUUAAAGUACAUCCCUAAGAUUGUAGAUGUUGUCUGCAAACUGCUGGCUGCAAAAGCUAAUGUUGCUAGCACUGAAGGAAGUCAUCCCGGUCUGCGCCGGACUCUCUCAAAGGAAGAGGUAGUUGAAGCAAUCAAGGAGUGUGCCCCUGCUGCAUUUGAUAACACUGAAGAAAAGGCCAGCCCAGACAGUGCCACAAUCUCAGCAUUGUCUCUUGAAGAGGUGCCUUCAGAGCUUGCUAAUAACUUGCCAAAUGUGAAGGAUUCUCUGCACCCGAAUGAAGGGCAACCUCGCGUGUCGAGAGCUCUCAGCCAUUCACACAUAGAGGACAUAUUACCAACAAGGCAACAAGAGAAGACGGAUCAAGACGACUCUAUCAAAGAUAUCAUGGAAAAAGAAUCAGAUCCAUUUUCACCACCUUCUGACAACUCUGUUGUAGACCAUGCACCAGGAGGUGGAGAUGCAACGACUGCAAAAACAAAUACUACCAAAGCCUCAGAACAACAACAACAAAUCUUAGGUGAUGAAUCAAUCUCCUCAGACAGCAACUAUAGCAGCACCUCUGAUCUGGGCAAGGAUGCCUCUACCUCUACUUCAUCAUCAGUAGAAUCAUCUGAGAAUGGACCCAAGCCAAGACUGAAGAAGAAGAAGAGCACCUUGCAGCGAUUAAAGGAAGAUCGACGGAAAAGAAAGUCAGAGAGUGAGGAGAUAAGUAGUGAGAAAAUGGAGCCUGUAACAUAUUCACCAAGGAACUUGAUGUCUGCAGCAGAGCUGGUAGCAACUGCCUUGGCUUUCAACAUGACAAUGGACCCAAACCUCAAUCAGGAAGUGGAGGUUUGGCAAGCAGAAUUGAACGAAGAUGAUGCAGCAUGGGAGAGGCUAAAAGUCGAGAAGUCCCCACAAGUUCUUAGCUGUCUGAUGUGGUCAUGGCUGGAAGAGUUAAAGGAGCCCGUCCUCAGUGACAAAGACAUUAGUAAUCUAGUGGAGAUGGCAGACAAUCCUAAUGAAGCACUUGAACAACUGGAGAAAGGACACAAGCACACACUGAAUUACAUCCUGAAAACCAUUGCUAAACUUCCCAACCUCUCCCCAGCUGUUGAAGAGAAGAUUCUCACCCGUCUCAUUGUGGCCUUUACUAAGCAAACUAACCCAAAGCAAGCUGGUGGGGAUGCAGUGCCACAAACUGAAGUUACAGAAAAUGUAAAAAUCUUGGAAUUUUUAAAGAGAGUGGUGUUGUCUGAAAAGCAGAAGCUUGUUGAGAAGGAGAAUUCAGCAGCCUCAACAAACAGUAGCAAAACAAAUGAUCAGUAUGCUGAUCAGGCAUCAAGUAUUGAGGGGGAGAAAUUGACUGAGAAUGGAGAGGAAGAUGCAGAAGAGACCUUGGAGGAAUUUGCUGUCAAUACUCAAGGAGACAAGAACAAUGAUGAAAAAGAGACUGAAAAAGAAAUGGCAUCUGACAUCUCUGGUGGGGAUAAUGAACAACUUGUCCAAAACAAAGGACUAGAAAGUGCUGAUGAAGAUAUAGGCUGCAACCAGGACCAGAAACAACCAGAGGUUGAGGAAACUUUGGGAGAGAUGGUUCAAGAAGAAUGUGGUGAGGCAGAGGAAGACACAACCUCUUCGUCUGAAGAGAUAGCAGAUGUCUCAACACUGACAGCUAAGACUGGUGAUGAAGGGAAUCUCACCAAGAAUGAAGAAGAAGACUAACUCAAUAGUAGUAAGCACGGUUCUUGUAAAAGUGGUGUGUAACGCUGGAUUAAUGCUGACUGGCAUUUUUGGCAUUGAUUUAACCUCACCCCAAAACCCUUGGCAAAUUAAGAGGGUCUCUGGCUGGACGGUGGCACAUUAGCGUCCUAAAUUGUAUUUGUGUCACCAUGGACUUUAUAAUGGGAAUAUCAUGCAAAAUAUAUAUACAAGUACAAUGUAUGACUAAGAAGAUGUUACAAAACACAAAAGCAUAAAAGGAUUUGUUUUUCAUCAAUGAAAUUUGUUGAGCACUCUGUCAGAUUGCUCAGCCAUCAUGCUGCAGCUUCAGUGACAUAUCCGCUUAAGCACCAUUGAUGCUCUGACAUAAUAGUCAUCAUUGAGCAUUCAGGCCUCAUAGACAUAGCAAAGUCUUUCUCCUGAUCAGCCAUACACCAUUACUCUCUGCCCUGAGACCACUUAUCUUAGCAUACCGAUGACUCUUCAAGCAUGUGAAAUGGAGUGUGCAUGCAUAUGGAACUGAUUAUUGUGAUAGAAACUGACACCAAUGCCAAACAACAGCAGCAUCAAAACUGUAAAGCAGUAUUGUACACCACUUUUGUAAGGGUUUUAUUUCUUUGUUGGUUGGUUGAAUGACAUCAUUCCUACGGACAGCAAAGAGUCAGACCAAGAGAUGUAAAAUAUUGAUGCACUACCUGGGGAUAUACAUCUAUAAUAUUAUCUAUAUAUAUUGUAUAUUUCAAACAACCCCCUAAAGAACUUCAUAUAUGCUGCAAGACUUGUCUAUAUGCUGCCAAAAUAUCAUAGUUUGAUAUAUACAUAAUUAUAUUGUGUUAUUUGUGCUUGUGUCAGUGGCUGCUAUUCAUCUUUUUAUGUAUUUUUCUACAUUAUGUGGACAUUGUGGCUUGCCUGAACUUUUGUUAUCACUGUCCAAACAUAUUACUCUAAUAAUGCUUGUGUGAAUUGCAUAUAAGGUAGUAAUAAUUAAUCGAUUGAAAAAAAAAACAAAUUUUCAGCUUAUUGUAUAGCCAUCUUGAUAUAGUAGUCUAUUCAACAUCAUUGCUGUAUUUUUCAAAAUUUUGUGUUCUUUUUGCACAAUGUUUUACAUAAGGGUUUUAACUAAGUGGAUUUGAUGCACUGUUCAUUGCUAGCAUUCUAUCAAAUUGAAUAUGUAAUGCAACUAUUGCUGUGUUGUAUAUUGUCACUAAGUAAUUGAAUAUAGCUGUGAUUAUACAUAUGUAUGUAUUACAUACUCCAGUUACUCCUAUGAAUUGGCUUUAAUAUUGAUAGUGCUAUUAUGUUUUCAACUUAAAUGAUAUAUUUUGUCAGAAGAUAAUAAAAUAUUUUCUGUUGAUCCCUUUGUCAAAUGAUAUUCAGAAAUGCUUUCUCAAUCAUUUAUUACAAAACAUCUCAAAUUUAUUGUAAUAGAGUCAGUAUGGCAUUGUCUUGUGUUGUAAAUCUUACAUUAAUGGCCCAAGAGCAAAUGUAGCAGGGUACAUUCAUGUCCACUUUACUUGUGUUACAGUAACUGUAUUCAGUGAUCCAAUAUCAUAUGAUGGUAUAAUUUUCAUUUUGACAAUGGUUACAUCAAUUAUGUUGAAAAAUCUACAAUAAAAUAAGGUUGACACAUGAUGCAAAGUAGGAAAUUGAUCUAGGAAAUGAUGCUCCUUUUCAGAGAUACAUGUGUGCAGUAAUUUAGACAGUAUAAGUAGCAUUUAGUAAUAUGUGAAACUGUUUGCAAGUAUGGCGUUCACUCAAAUUAGAAUUUAACUUAACUUUCUGCUGUCAACACAGAAGGAGCUUCGAAACAUAUCAAGCUAUAUAGAGGAAAUGUUAUGUACAAUAUAGAGGUAGCAUUACGUUCUUGGUUACAUAGAAAGAAUGGAUUCAAUUUAAUGAAUUACACAUGGCUUGAUCUCCUUGAAGGUAAACUUCAAGUUAGAAAAUAGUACAUUUAAGAUUUAAAAGUCUCCUGGAAUUUUAGAAACAGUUUUGAUGUGCUAUUUUCCCCAAUCUAUUUUGAAUAUCUCUGAUAAUAUGUGACAGCCCAAAAAGUCUUAGAGCAAGACAUGGGUAAUUCAAUGAAGCUAUGCAUGACGUAUCAAAUGUGUAAGAACUUGUUCCUUAUAGAACUUUUUUAUGACUCGGAAAAAAAAAUAACUGAAAAAGAAAGAUACUUUAUUUGUAAGUAAAUAAAUAAAUUGUAGGGUUAAAAUCUCAAGCAAAAUAUGUCUAACUAGCCACAUUCCUCUCCAUAGACCUGGCUUUGAGAUAAUGGACUACACAUUCAUAAAUGUAGCACUAUUAACAUGUAUACCUUAUUGGGCAUGUGUGUAUAAUGUACAAUUAUAUAUAUCAGAUGGCUGUGAGUUUUAUGCACAUUCUUUUUAUUAUGCUGUGACAAUCCUGAAGAUGUGCAUGUAAGUUGGUCUGAGCCUGUAUUCAGUUUGCACUCCCUGUACUGUACAUGUAUGUCACUUUAAUGUUGCAACUAUUUGCAUAUCACGAGUGGGUUUGUAGUGAUUCAAUCUUCCACUAUUGAAAAAGUUCAUGGCAUAGUCAUGUACAUUUGAAAAAAUUACUUUUUGUGUUGGUGAAAAUGAUGCUGGCUUCUGUGCAGAAAAUGUCAAAAGAAAAAUAUUAUUUUAGUACUAUCAAGAUUGCAUAAUGUAUAUCAGUGAUACAUGUAGAUUAAAUUUUUUCUGUCUAAAUGUCAGAUUCUUUAGCACUACCUCUAAAAUGGAAGUCAGUUUACUCAAUGUGACCGUGUGUUCAUAAUUAGCCUCCUUCGCAGACUUCUCCUGUUUGGGUGAGGCUGGCUUUUAUUUUAUGGAGGGGGGGUUGGUUGUUUGGUUUCAAAGUUGGCUAUAGGUUCUCUAAUGCUGGGCCAUGGGAAAGUGAGUUUGCCAAGGAAGGGAGUUUGCCAUGGAAGGAGUUUCACUCCGUCUCUAGACAAAACUCCUUCAAGAGCAAACUAUCUUUCUAGGCAAACUCCCUUCACCGGCAUUGGAGAUUAAAGCCAACUUUUAAACUUAGGCCAACCAGCACCACCCCAACCCCCUCCAUAGAUUAAAAGCCAGCCUCGCUCAAAGGAGAAGAAAGAGACUAGUCCAUUAUGUAGUUCGGGAGUAAUUGACCAGUUCUUAAGAAUUCCUCUGUAGAAGACAUGUUGAUUUAUCAGAGAGCUCUGGUCUACACCAUUGAUCUAACCAGUAAUGGACUGUUGCAAGUGGACACUAUGCAGAACACAGCAAUAAAAUCUACCAGUGCUUUAGAUUUGUUACCUGUUUGAAGCCCAGCAUCAUUUCCAACAACUGUAUGCACAUGGCUUCACCUUUUCUGUUUGCAUGUCUGCUGUUGUGUGCCUUCAAUAUAAGCCUCUACUUUUGCACUGUAUGCUUGUGAGUUCAAAAUAAAAUUUGAUGGAUUCUG